UCAGAAACGGAUGUGAGGUCAAUAGAGAGAAUGACAAGAGGACAACAUAAAACAAAGUUUUGGAAGGAAGCCAGAUUGGAAAGGAUAACAAGUUCAAAGUUUGGCAAAGUAUUUAUCCGACAGACAUCUACAGCUCCAGAUAGACUUGUAUGUGACCUAAUGGGAUAUCGGGGCGAAUUUGGUAACAGACAUACCAGAUGGGGACUUUCACAUGAAUCGGCAGCAAGGCGGCAGUAUAUCAACAAAAUGGCAGGUCUUCAUCCACAGUUGAAAGUGUCUCAGUGUGGACUAAUUGUGAAUACAGACUACCCUUACCUUGCAACUAGCCCUGAUGGACUUGUGUCAUGCACAGAUUGUAGUACAUGUAGUAAUCAACAUGGCUUAGUAGAGAUUAAAUGUCCAUCUGUUUUCAGAGAUCUAACACCAGAAGAGGCUGCAUCAAAUACAAAUUUCUUCUGCCAUAUUGUGGACAAUAAUGUGACUCUAAAAGAAAACCAUGCAUACUACUUUCAAGUACAAGGACAGAUGGCCUUGACCAAAAGAACUUGGUGUGAUUUUGUGGUGUGGACUCUCAAAGGGAUAUCUAUUUAAAGGAUUACAUUUGACGAGAACAAGUGGCAUCAGAUGGUCACAAGGCUUCGCAGUUUCUAUCUGUCGGCCAUUAUUCCUGAAAAAUAUACCCUACGUGACCCGCGAGGUGUUUCACUGUAUUAGAUUGACCGUUGUACUACCAUCUUACCAGUUGUUUUACCCUAUGCUCACUCAGUCAAUUCAAUGUUUCACUCAAUACCAUAUCAUAUCUUUCUUUGAUAGUCAUAGAUACUUACCAUUCAGUGGGUGAAUUGUUACUUAACGCCGCAUUCACGGCGACUGACCAUUCAGAUAGUAUGUCGCUUAGACAUAGGAUAUCUUCUUCUCCUUGUAAUUUCUUGAACCAUUCUAUUAAGCCAUAACAUAUCAUAACAUAUUUUCUGUAACGUCUUGAAAUGACAACAUGGACAACAUGAUUAAAGAAAAUCAUCAAGCGUU